AUCGUGUAUUGGUGCACGCCUCCAACAAACUGUUGAUGUCCCCGCGUGAAUUGUAAAUAUUUUCAAGAGAAUAAGUGGUGUUCAACAAUUCAAUCAUGAGUGAACUAUCGAUGGUCGAUGUUUUUAUGCAUCUCAAGCCGCUUUGCGAAUCGUUCAACGACGAACCGAGCGCGAAGAAAGCCGAGAGAAUUGGUGAAAUGAUCGAAAAAACACCGGCGACAAUUGUACAAAGAAUCCACGAGAUAAUUAUUUAUCCACUGACACGAACUUUAAAGAGCAAUGUUCUGAAAAAGGACGACAAUAUAUUUUUAAUAAAAACUAUAAGGAUUGCCAUAAACAAGAUAAGGAUUGAAAAUUUCAAAUUGUUCUGUGAAGUUUUUUAUGCUUUGCGUCACCAAAUAUGUUUGAAAAACAACAUUACAGAGUUGAUUGAGAGUCAUGAAGAAUUAAAAGAAGCUGUAGUUACUUGCAUGGGAAGUCUAUUUAAAAACAGUUCUGUUCAUUUGAUAGAGAAAUUUUAUACCAGACAACAUGCAGCUUUGUUGAGCCAUGGGAUUUAUCAAUGUGUCAAAUUAUCAAGACUUGAAAAAUCUGCAAAUUUGAGGAUUGAAGCAAUUCAAACUCUGACGUAUUUAUUACAAAUACACGAUGAAUUUGAUUCAAAUGAUGUAGUUUUGAAAAACAAUGUGUCCAAUGUCAUUAUGUUAUAUUUGCCAGGAGUUGUGAGUGGUUUAUUAGAAGUUUCUAUAGGUAGUGAUAUACAAAAUCAUAAAGUCACAAUGUUAUCUAUCAGAGCUUGGUCAAAAGCAAUAGCCUUGGUCAUGGAUGACGCUCUUGAAGAUUUUAAUUCUGAUAGUAAAUCUAAAGAUAUCAAUGAAUCAAUUAAAGUAAAAGAUGAAAAAGAUAUUGAAAAAAUAAAGACAAUUAUGGACAAAACUCAAAAAACUAAAGAAUGGUAUACUGAAAUAGAUUGUAAAAUCAAAACAUUAUUCGUUGAAUUAGAUAAAAUUACUAGACAUUCUCAUUUCAAAGUACGUAAAGAACUUGCUGAAGGUGUUACAAGGAUAUUAUUAAACUGCUCAAAAAAUAUGCAAUCAUGUUUUCAAAUAUUGUUAGAAAUUUUGAUAACAUUAUCAGAAGAUGAGAACAGUCAAGUUUCUGAUGUGGCCACUCAAUCUUUGCAAAGUAUUCAAGAAAAAUGUAUCCAAGAUGCAAAUAUGAAAACUGCAGCAGAAAUGGUUGAAGAAAAUUUGUUUAGCUUAUUAACUCAAAUGCCAAGAAUAAUUAGAACAUCAGACUCUUCUGUUCAAUUAGUAUGGUUGAAUAGAUUGGCUGGUUAUUUAAAAGUUCUUGGAAAGUCAAGAUUAACGCGAAUGCUAUUGUCAACUGCACAUUUGAAGAAAUUACUACUAACAAUGAUAUACGUUUGUGAGUUUGAUUGUUCUGAAGUAUCACUUUUGGAGGAUGUAACUGCUAUGAAUUUCGAUGAAACUAUGUAUCAAGGUCUAACGAAAUCAUGGAAACAACAUAAAUUUUUGUUCGAUUCUGGCACAGUUAAUAAAUUAAUGGGCAUUUUCGAAAUUCUCGGAAAACUCAGUGACAUUAAACCACUCAUUGAUAGUAUCUUAAAAAUGAUGAACGAAGUACCUAAAUUUCGAAAGGAAUUGAUAUUCAUGCUAAACUCCAUAUUAAAAGUUUCAACAGAUUCCGCUGCGCAAAAGUCAAUCUGUAAACAAGUAGUUGAACAGUACGUAGAUCCCGAAUACUGGAAUUUACCGAUAAAGGUUUCGGAGGAAACAAGUUUGCAAGCUGCUCAGAGCAACGUGGUCCAGUGCAGUUUGCUGCUCGAGGGUCUCGGCGUGAUUGCUCACAUUUUACAGGAAGAAUAUCAGAUAUUUUUAUUGAAAACUUUGUAUCUCGUUAUCGAACGAGCAGGCAGCGAUCAGAGUUUACUGCGUUACGUCGGCCUCUCCACUUUGGAUACAAUGGCUAAAUCGCAAAAAUUACAAUGCAUCGGCGAUUUGUUUCGAGUCAACGUCGAUUACAUCUCUUAUCACGUGAUAAUGAAAUUACGUCGAGUCGAACGAAAUCCAGGCGUGCUGGACGUAGUCGAGGUCGUCACCAAUUAUAGCACCAUGGAUUUUCUUCCUCAUCUCAAAGACAUCGUGGACGAUUUGUUGCUUCAAUCUAGCUCGAAUUUUCAGAAAAAAAAUUCCCAAUCUUUUCUCAAAGUUUUUUAUGCCUUUACCAUUUGUGUCAAGAGGUUGAUGGCAUCGGAAACAUCUGCAUCGAACGAAAACGAUAACAAUCUACCGAAAAUCGUAAGCGCAGAAGAAAUAGCGAAUUCCAUUGAGCAAAAUUUUCGUGAAUUCAAAAAAGCUCAAGAGGAAAACAAAAGAAAGCUGACUGAAAAACUGAUAGCAGAUAAUGAGCUUAAUGAAAAUUCGUUCAAAGACAUGGAAGCAGAAGAUGAAACCCCUGAGAAUUUUGUCGAAGAGGAAGAAAAGUUACCUUACUACAUCACCAUGGUCAAAAGCAUUAUGAAGCGGUGUAUGCAUUUUUUGCCGUCCUCCAAUUUUGAUGAAUCGUCACUGGCAAUGCUUACUUUGGCCGAAGGCGCACUAAUACUAAAAAAAUACGAGAACGAAUUAUUACCGAUCGUACACGAAAUAUGGCAUCCAUUAGUUGACCGAUUCAAAAAUGUAAAUCCAUUGGUAAUUAAUCGAGCUUGGCAAUUGCUUUUUUGCCUGGCUGAAGUUUCUCGAGAUUUUAUACGAGCUCGAACAUUAAAGGGAAUACUGCCAUCACUGUCAACCUUACUGAAAAAUUCUGCCAAAGAGAGUUUAAAAAAACAUGUUAGUAGUAGUUAUCAAUUCACACAGUUAUUCAAAAUGCAAAAUCAAAUUGUAAUGCAAUUAGGUAAAUUAGUGAAAAAUUUAUCCCUCGCUGAGAAAGAUAUCUGGGAUAUUUUGAGCAUAAUUCAAGUCUAUCUCGAUUGUUUGCAACACACGCAGCUGCAGGAAAGCUGCGUCCAUAGUUAUAAAGUUAUUUCGUGUUGCAACGCGGAUCUGGUAUGGUCAAAAUGUAUCGAUAUUUGGCACAAAGAAAUUUCGUCUAUAAACCCUGAUGAAAGUUUCGAAGUUUGGUACGAGAACGCAAUGCUGAGUGAAAUGAAGAGCAGCUAUCAACAGAGAGUGUGUGAAAUCUUAAAAUAUAUCCGCGAUAAACGUGAUGUUUUAUAAUGGAUAAAAAAUUAUGUGUAAGUUACUUUUUU